AUGGCAUCGUCUGUGGCUGUUAAAGGCCCACUCUAUAUCUUUGGGUUAAUUGCCACAUAUAUAGGAUUAUAUUAUCUUUUGAGCGGCAAUGGUUACCGUUUUGAUAUCGGUCACAUUUUGGAGGGUAUCUCACCUUACUUGUGGGCAUGCAUUGGUGUGGGGCUUGCCAUAUCUCUUUCUGUAGUUGGGGCUGCUUGGGGUAUUUACAUCACUGGAACUAGCAUUCUUGGUGCAGGCGUCAAGGCUCCUCGUAUUAGAACUAAAAACUUGAUUAGUAUUAUUUUCUGCGAAGCCGUAGCUAUUUAUGGAAUUAUUAUGGCCAUUGUUAUGGGCAACCAAAUCGAGCCUUUCAACCCUGAAAAGGCAACCGAGGCGGUUUUGCGAGCCAAUUAUCUGGCUGGAUUCGCUAUAUUUGGUGGUGGCCUAACUGUCGGUUUCUGCAAUCUCUUUUGUGGCAUUUGUGUUGGUGUUGUCGGUUCUGGUGCUGCCCUCGCAGAUGCUGCCAACCCAACACUUUUUGUCAAAAUUCUCAUUGUUGAAAUCUUUGGCUCUGCAAUCGGUUUAUUUGGUGUUAUUGUCUCCAUCCUUCAGACAUCAAAAGUCCGAAUGGGCAACAAGGCUGCAUAG